AUGUCAUUGCUUACAUCACAGUUUAAAGAACUGGAAUCUAUCAAUAAUUCAACAAUAGACUCAGCUACAAGAACAAAUACAAAUCAGGAUAUAUUUAUGAUGAUGGAGUCUUCAAUUAGUAAUAAUAAUAAUAAUAAUAAUAAUCCAUUAAAUUUGACAUUUUCAAAAAAUGAAGAUUUAUUUAAGGAAUCGAUUUCAAUUUUUAAAUUAUAUAAUUUGACAAAAUUAAACCUGCCUUAUAGAGAAAGAAUAAUUAAUAUGUCAAUCAGAUUACAAAAAAAAAUUUGGUUGGAAAAUGAAAAUAUUUUACAAUUACUAAACUAUAUUGAUAAUAAUCAAUCACAAUCCGAACAAAUUCCACCCGUAAAUAAAAUAUCACCUACUAAUCGUCAUCACCAUCACCAUCACCAGAAUAUAUUGUUGAGUGAAGGAGAUGAUGACGACGACGAUGGCGAUGACGACGACAUUUAUCCCGAUGCAUCGGAAACACCAUAUGGUUCAUUCACUAAUGAUUAUGAUUUAACAAAUAACCUUGUAAAUCAUGGAGAUAAUUUUGUUAUGCCAAGACCAAUACCGUCAAACUCAUUUAAUGAUAAUGAUGUUUUUUCAUUUCAUAGAAUGAACAAUAACAGUAAUAAUUUUAGUAGUAAUAAUAAUAGUGUAACCAAUAAUUUCACUACUACUACUACUACUGCUACUGCUGCUGCUAAUACAAAUAAUUUAAAUUUAUUGAAUAUGAAUUUUAGUUUAAUGAAUGAUGAUUUAGAUUCGUUCCAACAUAAUUCUGCAACUUCACUAUCGAAUUUCCAUUAUUUAGAUGAUAAUUCAGGUCAGUUACCGUCUUCAUUAGAUAUAGAUAGUACUGCUAGUUCAAAUUGGGAUAUUUCAAAUUCUUUGCCAAAUUUUGCAUCUCCUUUACAAUUCCAAAAUCCUUCACAUUCGACUGCGACUACUGCGACUACAAUGGCUCCACAGCAAAUGAUUACACCGUCAAGAACACCAUCACAUCCUUCAAUACCAUUAGUCUCCACUGCAAUUAUCUCAAAAAGACAGCAACCAAAAAAGAUUAGAAGAAAAAAUAGUAAUAGUGGGAAUUCACCGGAUAAUAAAAAUACAAAAUGUAAUAAUUGUCAAACGUAUACGACACCAUUAUGGAGAAAAGAUUCCCAAGGGAAUUCAUUAUGUAAUGCAUGUGGAUUAUUCUUAAAAUUACAUGGUGUAAUGAGACCGUUAUCAUUAAAGACAGAUAUUAUUAAGAAAAGACAAAGAAAUGGUGCUGCAAAGAGAACAAAUCAACUUUCACAACCUCAACAACAACAACAACAACAAUUGAAAAAGGAUCAUGAGAAUUUGGAAUGGUUAUCAAUAAAAUUAUAG